AUGGUGCCGCUGGUGCGGAGGGCCGGGGGCUCCCACCAGUGGUUGGCGAUCGUCUUCCUCGGCCUUUGCUGUUUCCUUCCCCCCGGCCGACUCGCCGCUCCGGGUGGAGACUUUCCCGGGGCGACCGUGGACAAUCUGGUGGUCAGGAAGGGGGACACGGCGGUGCUUAGGUGUUACUUGGAAGAUGGAGCUUCAAAAGGUGCCUGGCUGAAUCGGUCGAGUAUUAUUUUUGCUGGAAGUGAUAAGUGGUCAGUAGAUCCUCGAGUUUCAAUCGCAACAGCAAAUAGAAGAGAAUAUAGCCUGCAGAUACAGGACGUAGACGUGACAGAUGACGGUCCAUACACUUGUUCUGUGCAAACUCAACACACUCCUAGAACGAUGCAGGUGCACUUAACUGUACAAGUUUCUCCGAAGAUAUUUCGUAUUUCGAGUGACAUCGUUGUGAAUGAAGGAAGCAAUGUUACUCUGGUGUGCCUGGCCACGGGGAAGCCAGAGCCUUCCAUUUCUUGGAGACACAUCUCUCCGUCUGCAAAACCCUUUGAGAGUGGACAGUACCUGGACAUCUACGGAAUUACAAGAGACCAGGCUGGGGAAUAUGAAUGCAGUGCAGAAAAUGAUGUCUCAGUCCCAGAUGUGAGAAAAGUAAAAGUCACAGUAAACUUUGCCCCCACAAUUCAGGAACUUAAAUCCAGCGGUGUGAUGCUUGGAGGGAACGGACUGAUACGGUGCGAAGGUGCAGGAGUUCCUGCCCCGGUCUUUGAGUGGUACAAAGGAGAGAGGAAACUGAUCAAUGGUCAACAAGGAAUUACUAUUAAAAAUUAUAGUACAAGAUCACUUCUUACUGUUACCAAUGUGACAGAAGAGCAUUUUGGCAACUAUACGUGUGUCGCUGCCAACAAGCUAGGGACGACCAAUGCCAGCCUGCCUCUCAACCAAAUUAUUGAGCCUACUACCUCUAGUCCUGUCUCAAGCCCAGCUCCCAGUACAGCCCAGUACGGGAUCACCGGUGACGCCGAAGUCCUCUUCUCCUGCUGGUACCUUGUGUUGACACUGUCCUCCCUCACCAGCAUAUUCUACCUGAAGAACAUCAUUCUGCACUAAAUGUAAAGACCCAUAAAAGGCUUUUAAGGAUUCUCUGAAAGUGCUGAUGACUGGAUCCAAUCUGGUAGAGUUUGUUAAAAGCAGCGUGGGAUAUAAUCAGCAGUGCUUACAUGGGGAUGAUCGCCUUCUGUAGAAUUGCUCAUUAUGUAAAUACUUUAAUUCUACUCCUUUUUUUGAUUAGCUGCAUUACCUUGUGAAGCAGUACACAUUGUCCUUUUUUAAGACGUGAAAGCUCUGAAAUUACUUUUAGAGGAUAUUAAUUGUGAUUUCAUGUUUGUAAUCUACAAGUUUUCAAAAGCAUUCAGUCAUGGUCUGCUGAGUUGCAGACCGUAGUUUACAAAAAAAAAAAAAUAUUGCAGUAAAAAUGUGCUUCUUUAAGGCUGCAAUACAAAUAUUCAGUUCCCUUCUUAAAUAGCAUUCUAUCCACAUUUACACAGAAACAUUUUUUCUUUUUUGAUAAAAAAAAAUCAAAUACUAUUGCCUUCAAAAUAUUUCUUCAAAAUAUUACACAUAUCUAGAUUUUCUUCUAGCAUGAUAUUCAGGUUUCAAGAAUGAGCCUUGUAUUAUAACUGCAUUGCGCAGUACUGCUUUCUGUUUUCUUUCCUUUUUCCUGCAAAUUCAGCAUGGGUGUGCCUUCAUAAAACACUACUUUCCUCUUCCUCUCCAACAAAUCUGGAAUGUGUUUUGGGAAACGCUAAAGCAUCCUUUUGAGCAUAGGAAAUCUCAAGUCGAGGACCAAGGUGCUAUUGGCUAAAGGCAAACCUCCUCUCCCAGCUCCAGAGGGCCAUGGAACCGCUCCAGACGUAGGUUUUUAGGCAGUCGGUCAAGGACAGCACCAACUCCUCUCCUUUUUAUGUUUUCCAUCUACCACCACUAACCAGUAGGCGAUCUCUCUAAAAACUAGUUUUCCCAUCACAAAACGGAACGCAAAUUAUUUCGAGACAUCUUUUGAAUGUAGGAACGUUUCCCUUAGUCAUUCUAAAUCAAAAUUCCUAAAUGGCUGUAAGUGUGAGAAGCCGAGUAGUCCCUUUUGUAUUACUGGCAAAAACUAUGUGAAUUGGUAUUUUUCUUGCACUUAAUUUUGUACUGGUUUGGCUAAUUUAGCAAUGAUAAAGGAUGCUUUUAAAUAUUAGAUAUCUGAAAAUACAUGAAGUAUCAAGCAGAAUUUUAUAUAUAUACAUAUAUAUAUAAAAUACAUAUAUAUAUUAAAACGAGGUUGCUCCAGUAACUGUACUGAAGUGCAUGUUGCCGUCCAUGAUAGAAUCGUCUUUACAGACAGGACUUCAUGACCGAGGUACUAACACUGUACAAAUAUCUUACCACAGCAGUUAAGUCCUCACACACAAUUUCCUAGUACUGCAGCCUAUCAAGAUAAAGCUCUCAUUUCACUCAGUGAAGGAUCAAGUCUCAAAAUAGCAUAUCAUGCUACUAACUUUUUUUUUUUUUAAACAGCCCCGGACAGCAUUAACACAAAAUGUUGCUCACAGUUUACAGCUGAAUUUAAAAAUGCCAUCUGUGUAAAUUGCUGCGGCGUGACUAUGGCCAACAGCCCUUGAAUACAAGAUCUCCUGGUGACCCCAACAGAUCUUGACUUGCUUACAAAGCAACUAUCGAUGACAAGAAUAAAAAAACCAUUAUCGACAUUAUUAUUCCCCUGUUUUGUAUAUGAACUCCAGUAGGCGACACAAUUAUUAUACUACAACAUUUUUUCUCCUGACAAUAGGUGUUUGUAGCAGGCAAUUCCAGAUGAGCGCUGGUUCCAAAUUCAGUUCACAGAUGAUACCCCAGUUUUUGAAAAGGCAGACUCUGAGUUUCGCUAGUCUCACUAUAUGCUAUCCCAUGCUAACACGUAGACAGAAUAUGCAGUGAAUCUGUUGUAGUUACUGAUGAACUCAGGCGCAGGGUAUAAACGGAAAUAUGUUGACUCCAAAAUAUGGCAAUAAAAUGUCCUGGGUCACUCUGCGUACGUUCCGUGACGGAUCGUACUAUUCCUAUCGCAUUAUUUACAGCCAUGUGCUCAGCAGUUACUCUUUUCAGAAAUGUGGCAUUUUUUAAAACCUUGAAUAACAUGACAAAAUCUGUUCUUUAAGGAAAUAGUAUAAACCCAAUUCAAAUUAUACUAUACACAGGCCUGAUAUUCUAAUCUCUCUUGUAUUGCAGCUUUAAAGUGCUAUAUUUUAGAACUCAUUUGCUAGAAACAGUGGUGCUGCAGAAAGUAUCGUGUCAGUCCGGUUUUAUGAAGAAAGAAAAAAGGAUACGCAUAGCCCAACUCAUAUGCCUCAUCUCACGUAAAAUUGAGAGAUGUUUCUAUACUGUGGCUGGAUCAAAUUAUAUAUUUUGAUGAUAUAUUUCAUUUCAGUGAUUCCUGAUAUCUGGAUCCUGGUAUUUCCAGCAACAGAAUAGAAUGAGCAGCAGCUUUGUUAAA